GCAGUUGGUCGCCGACUGGCGUCUUGCAUUGUUCCACAUCAGUGAAGAACAGUGAUAAUCAUGCAUGCGAGAUACGAAAUACAAAGAUCGGACACGCUUGGCAGACAUUUAGCAGCAGCCAAGGACUUGAAACCAGGUGAGACUAUCAUUUCUGACGAGCCUUAUGUGCUGGGGCCCACUUCUGAUAGUUCACUGGUUUGUUACAAUUGCUACCUGCCGCUGAUCAGCAAGUUUUUGGUGUGCAAAAACUGUGCUGUUGCACCUGUGUGUCCUGGUGAAGGAUGCCCUGAAUCUUUGAGCAAAAAAUGUCACAACAGUACAGAAUGUGAGCUCUUUAGAGAUUUAAAAUUGACAAAGGGUGUUGGUCCUAUGACGAUGGUACAAAACGUUGGCUCAUUGUUGGCACUCCGCGCAAUUUUGAAAAAGGAAACCGAUCCUAAAGCAUGGGAGGAAUUUAUGAAGUUGGAAACACAUCUCGAAGAGAGGAAAAAAUCUAAUAUUUGGGAAUACUACGAGAACACUGUCAAGUUCAUCACUUCAUUAGGAGUGCUCGACAAUACUCAGGACGAGUAUAUAGUACAAAAGGUAUGCGGUGCUAUAGAUGUAAAUAGUUUUGAAGUCCGCGGUCCUCCAAUACCCGCCCUUGGCUAUUCACAACCUCUACGAGGGGUUUACUUGAAGGCUUCGCUACUAACCCACGAUUGUGUUGGGAAUACACAUGUAUCUAUAAACGAUAAUAACGUAUUAGUGUGCCAUGCUAGUAUGGACAUAAAGAAAGGAGAGGUCAUUUACUAUAACUACACAGAUCCUUUAAAGGGCACAUCUCUCCGACAACAUCAUUUGCUUGUUGGAAAAUACUUCAAAUGUAAUUGUGACCGGUGUAAGGAUUGUACAGAAUUAGGAACAAACAUCAGUUCAGUAAUUUGCACAGAAUGUAAGACUGGAUAUGUGUCCAAAAGUUCGGACCAACAGUGGACAUGUCAUGACUGCAAGAAGCAAUUUGACCAUUCAAACAUUGAGCAUAAAGUCCAAUGCUGCUCAGAUAAGUUUGAUGUUAUCAAUAAAAAAAACGAGAAAGAAUUGGAAGAGUAUAUAAGAAACGUGUCGAAGAUUUUAGCACCAAACCAUUACUUGCUAUUGGAGGCCACACAACAUCUGGCCGGCGUGUUGCGAGACACAAUCAAUAGGGAGCCACAUCCAACUAAGAAACUGAUGCGACGGAAGUUACAAUUAUGCCAAGAGCUGUUACCGAUACUGGAGAAACUCUGCCCUGGGAUAUCUAGGACGAAAGCUAUCACUCUGUAUGAAAUACAUGCAACUAUGGUGCAGUUGGCUAAGAAGUUAUUCGAUAGUCGAGAGAUCACUGGAACUGGUUAUAUGGAUAAACUUCUAAAUGCUGAAAAAUACCUAAAACGGGCCUUGGAGAUGUUAUUUAUCGAGCCAGGAAAUUCUCCAGAAGGUGAGUUAUGUGCUAAAGCCCUUGAAGAAUACAGAGCACUCAAGGUAACCAUGAAUAAUGUUUUAGACGGGAUACACGCUGAGGGGAAGACAUACAUGACGACAUCCAAAUCUGAAUAGUUAUAAGAUUCCUAAAAUAAAAUUUUACACAUUU